AUGAACAUGAUGGACAGUCGAUGCGCCUGUCUUCAGUGUCUUCAUCCAUCGUGUCCUCUGCCGCACGCCGAGUCACCCUACGACGAGGUCAGCCACGAAAUCGAUAACAACUUCAUAUCCGUGAAAGUGCCGAGAAACAGGGGGAAAUUCGAACCGGAAAGCAUUCACCAGCAAGAGGACAGACUCAGCUUCGACUUUAAUUGCGCAGAUGCCCAAGGUGAAAAGUGCAAGGUAGGCUGCACGAAAGUCCACGUGAUACCGCAUCAGUAUCCACCGGCGAAGAGACCCGAGGAGGAGAUGCUCUCGCUGAAGACUAGGAGGCACGUUAUGCCCAACGAUAAUCUAAAGAACAUGCUGGAGAUUGAAUUUAAGGCGGCACGGAAUUACAUUCCUCUGCCGGAGCCGGGGCCAGCUCCGCCCAUAAUUGUGCCAAGGCAGCGUAUUAGGAAAAAGAAGAGAAAAGUCAAAGGCAAGGGCAAGCAGAAGAGGAGGACGAUUCUUCUCAUCUCCUUAGGCGGAUAUACGUUUGAGCGGGAAAUCGGCACUCUUCAAGGAUUCACGAGUGACACGAAACUAAAGGCUACGAGGCUGAAGGAGACCGAAUAA